UUCCUUUUUCGCUUUGCCCGAGACUACUGUAUGGCUGCCUCCAUGGCCGUUUAUGAUUACCGGAAUCACUAAAGCUUACGUGGACAACUCACAACAAAAGUUUAUAAAACUUACCUACUUACCGUUUAUCAGAAAAUGUGCUUUCUUUAGUAGAUAACUUCAUAUGUAUAUUAAUAUUGUUACUGGAAGAAAGUGUGACAUAAUUUUAAACAAGUCCAUGAUGUAUCUGUGGAUAUUAGCCCUGUUUUUUGCAUAUGCCAAUUGUAAACAAAAGCCAAUCACAGUCUCUUUGACAGCCAAAUGGAACUCAACUUCUCUUCUUCUUGAAUCAAGUGAAUUUCUCGCCAAAGAAUCGAAUGAACAUUUCUGGAACUUUGUCAAGAGAAUAGCUGACCAAGAUGUGUCAUUUUUUGAAUCAGCUACAGAUGAAAUGAAAUACAAACUAGUUCAGAAGUUUGCCUCCGAGCUGAUCUCUCCCCUGCAAUUGAGUUUCUUAAAGUUUUCUCUGGCACUGAGAGCAUUCUCUCCUACCGUGGAGAUGUUUCAACAUCUUGCCCAGCAGCUGGAUUUCAACUCUGACUGUGAGGCAUUCUAUGAAGUGAAUGGGAAGUUCUCCUGCAGUCUCAGUGAUCUCUCAGAUCUUCUUAGCUCUGCAAGUACCAGAUCUCCUUCAGUUUUGUAUCAAUUCGACCACAUCUAUCCUGGAUCUGCCAAUCAGAAUACUGUUGUUGUAUUGUUUGCGGAAUUAGGAACCAAAGUUUUCCAGGAAUUGCAUAAAACAUUUUCUGAAAUGGCUCAGAAUAGAAAAAUAACUUAUUGUUUGCGCCAUUAUGAAAAGAAACAAUCAGGCAAAAAACUUCAGCUGUCAGGGUAUGGUGUGGAACUAGCUCUGAAGAGUACUGAAUACAAAGCGAAAGAUGACACCAAAGUUGAAGGUGAAAAGACAGGCUCACCAAAUGAUGAUGAUCAAGAUGCCACAGAGGUAGAAGGAAUAGUCUUUUCAAAAUUGGGUGAACUUCAUCCGGAUUUGAAGAAAGAACUGAAGGAAUUUAAAAAUCAUUUAUUGGACUCAGCUACUGAACUGAUGCCAUUUAAAGUUUGGCAAUUGCAAGACCUGGCUUAUCAAGCUGGUCAGAAGAUUAUGUCUGCUCCUUCUGAGGACUCAUUACAGUACUUGAGAGACAUCAGUCAAAAUUUCCCCACUCAAGCAAGGUCACUUGUCCGAACUUCAGUCACCAAUGAGUUUAAGAGGGAAGUGAAAGAAAACCAAGAGCAAUUUGAGGGUAAGGGUAUUGGAGUUGGCGACUCCCUCUUGUACAUCAAUGGCCUUGCCAUUGACCUGGAAGUUUAUGAUGUCUUUACUCUUCUUGACCUCAUGUCAUCAGAAGCUAAACUUGUUGAGGGACUUCAUUCUCUGGGUUUUAAGGCUGAGAAUCUGCAACAAUUGCUUCAACUUGACUUGUCCAAUGGGGAUGAUGAAAAAUAUGCCAUUGAUAUCAGACAUUCAGCUGUCCAGUACAUCAACGAUCUCCUCACAGAGAAGAAAUAUCGUGGGUGGCCAAGCUCUGUCCAAGACCUGCUCAGACCUACCUUCCCUGGAAUGUUGAGACACAUUGCCAAGAACAUGUUUCAUCUUGUUUUUAUUGUCAACCCUGCCGACAGCAAGAGCAGAAAUCUGCUCAAAAUGGCCGAAGCUUUUUAUGUCCACAAGGCGCCAUUACGACUUGGCAUUGUCUUGACUACAUCCACUGACCCAUCAGUCACUGGCUUUGACAACACAGGUGUGGCUCUCACCAGGGCCUACAAUUUUAUUGCCAAAGAUCAGAAUUCAGCCUCCAAAGGCUUAUCCUUCAUAACUGAUGUUUAUGAAAAAACAGGAUCUUCUGAGUUGACCCCAGACUUUGUGAUAGCAGACUUUAUGAGCCAGUACCCAGAUGAAGACAAAGAGAAUAUUUUUGGUGCUAGCUCUGAAUAUGAUGAUGUCAGAAAGGCAGGGGAUGAUUUUAUGUCUAGAAUUGGUCUGAGUGGACUGCCCCAGGUUCUAAUUAAUGGAGUACCUUUAGAGAAAAACCAACUAGAGGAUUCUUUUGAGGAGUCUGUUGUGAUGGAAGUGUUAAAACAAACUCAGAUCAUUCAGCAAGCUGUUUAUAAGGGUGAAGUGAAUGACAACACAGACUUGUUGGAGUGGUGGAUGGAGAGAGACAAUGUGCUGCCUAGACUGAAUUCAAGGAUUCUUGCCCCUGCUACAAUAAGACUAGAUUUAACUGGAUCUACAGAAAGUAGUUUAGUGAAUAUUCCAUCUUUGGCUUCUGAAUUGAAUUCUAAGGAUUUGGCUUCAACAUUGAUUAGCAACAUCAACUACCUGACCAAAAAAGAUGAAGAGUCCCUGCGUGCAGUGACUUUGUUAGUGGUCUGUGAUUUGGAGGACCCAGUCAGCCGAUCAUUUCUUUACACAGCUAUUAAACAUUUGAAGAGCUCCAACAAUGUCAGACUUGGUGUAAUCUUCAAUCCCAAAUCCUUGGAAGCUGACAAUGUCAUCAACAAGGCCGUCCAGGUUGCCCUGGGGACUCUGCCUGCCCCCAUUGCCAAGAGCCUAAUUACCAAGCUGGUGAAAGAGGAGAACAUCCAGGACCUGAUGUCCCGAAAGAAGACUUUGAAGGACCUGGAGGUUCAUGGUAUGGACAUGGACGCCUACAUCACUGCAUUGAAUGCCGCCACCAAAGACUUCCUUCAGGUCCAUCAAAUAUUGGCUUCUCAUUUACUGUCUUUAAGACCAGGAGAGCGAGGAGUCAUUGUCAACGGAGGGUUCUUGGGACCACUCUCUGAGCAAGAAGAUUUGACCAUUGAAGACUUUAACCUCUUAGAGAAGUUGGCCUACCAGCAGGGGGGACAGAAGGUGGCUGAGGUCAUCCAGUCAGUAGAGAAAGAUCCAAGACGGGCAAGUGAUCUGACAAUGAAAGUGUCCAAUCUUCUCAUGUCUAAAUCCAAGAAAGAAAAAAGGCAAAGAAUUUCAUAUGCUGGCGAUAAGCACAGUGUUAUCAAGCUUCCAGCUGAUACCAACAUCCCAGCAUUCACCAUUGAGGCCAUUGUAGAUCCUGUUUCUAGUGAGGCACAGAAGAUGUCUGCUAUUCUUUUGGUCUUGAAACAGAUUGCUAAUGUUGAUAUAACUAUCUUUAUGAAUCCACGUGAGAAACUGUCAGAAAUGCCACUGAAGAGCUUUUAUCGCUACGUUCUGGAACCGGAAGUGACAUUUGAUAGUGAGGGAAACUUGGUGGCAGCCCCUCACGCCAAGUUCCUGGACAUGCCUCAGAAGUCACUUCUGACGCUCAACAUGAAGACACCCGAAAGCUGGUUGGUGGAGUCAGUGGUCUCCCCUUACGACUUGGAUAAUAUACUUCUAGAGGAGGUAGAGAAAAGUGUCAAUGCCAUAUUUGAAUUGGAGUACAUCUUAAUUGAAGGUCACUGUUAUGACUCCAAUUCCAUGCAGCCUCCUAGAGGUCUUCAGUUCACCUUGGGGACCAGCAAAACAGCAGCCAUGAUGGAUACUAUUGUUAUGGCCAACUUGGGUUACUUCCAACUGAAAGCCUACCCAGGUCUGUGGUAUCUCAAGCUGAGAGAAGGAAGGUCGGAAGAGAUUUAUAAAAUUGACAGUCAUGAGUUCACUGAUUCACCAAACAAUCUCACUGAUGUUGUCAUUGCUGUCAACAGCUUUAAGAGUAAAAUUAUCAGAAUGAAGGUAUCCAAAAAGCCUGAUAAAAUGGAUGUGAAUCUACUGCAAGAUGAAGAUGACUCUGUUGGCAUAUGGGAUUCUAUUUCUAAUACAAUAACUGGCGGUGCUGGGAAAAAGGAAGAGGAAAAAGACAGCACUCUGAAUAUUUUCUCUGUUGCGUCUGGUCAUUUGUAUGAGAGAUUUCUCAGAAUUAUGAUGUUGAGUGUCAUUAAGAAUACCAAGUCCAAAGUGAAAUUUUGGUUCUUGAAAAAUUAUCUGUCACCUACUUUUAAGGACUUUAUUCCUUAUAUGGCUAAAAAAUAUGGCUUUGAGUACGAGCUGGUCCAGUACAAGUGGCCAAGGUGGCUGAAUCAACAGAAAGAGAAACAGAGAAUUAUUUGGGGAUACAAGAUCCUGUUCCUUGAUGUUCUGUUUCCCUUAGAUGUGAAGAAAAUUAUAUUUGUGGAUGCUGAUCAGAUUGUUCGAGCUGACCUUCAAGAAUUGUACGACCUAGACCUUGGUGGAGCACCUUAUGGUUAUACACCUUUCUGUGACAGUCGCAAAGAAAUGGAUGGCUUCAGGUUUUGGAACUCAGGUUACUGGAACAGUCAUUUAGCUGGACGCAAGUAUCACAUCAGUGCUUUGUAUGUGGUGGAUUUGAAGAAGUUCCGCCGCAUCGCUGCUGGUGACCGCCUCCGUGGCCAGUACCAAGGUCUGAGCCAAGAUCCCAACAGUUUGUCCAACUUGGACCAGGACCUGCCUAACAACAUGAUUCAUCAGGUGGCUAUCAAGUCCCUACCCCAGGAGUGGCUGUACUGUGAGACCUGGUGCAGCGAGUCUGAGAAACCCAAAGCCAAGACCAUUGAUUUGUGCAACAAUCCCCUGACCAAAGAGCCCAAGCUCCAGGCUGCAAUGAGGAUCGUUCCAGAAUGGAAAGAUUACGACUAUGAGAUCAAAGUUCUUUGGGAUGAAAUUUACCAGACCAAUACCAAAGCACAGAUAGAGUAUGAACCUCCAGUACAGAAAGGCUCACCCAAUCACAUCGAUGAUGAACUUUGAUGCUUCACUAAUUAGGUCAUUUUUGUUUGAAUAUGGUGUGAACAUGUUGUUUUAAACAAAAUAUUUAUUUGAGUGUAUCAGUUUUGAAAACUGUAGAAAGAAAAAGGAGUGUACUAUGAAAUUGUAUGUGGUUACUGUUACUGAAAGCAACAAGCUGCCUGGUUUAUCUCCAGUUCCUAAGUGUGUGAGUGUGUGGUGAUUUCUGAUCAUGUUUAUUGGUUAUGUCAUUCCAGUUAAUAUAUGAUUUUUUUUUUAUAUUCAGACAAAAGUUUUUAAUUUUUUCUUCUUUAUAGAUUGUGAGCUUUUGAUAAUUUGAGUUAUGAUUUAAAUAUCGUGCUAUACCUAGUUUGUUAAGGUUUCCUUAAAUCAUGAAUGUUACGGUGAAAAACAAUUUUGUUGACAUUAUUUUGUAUUGAGUUGAACCUUUACUUUGAUUUACCACUCAUUUUGUACUAUUAUAUCUAAUUCUGUUUUGUAUUUACAUUGCUCCAGUUUACACCGCCAUGAGUGUCAUGUUGUGUAAGGGGAAACUGUUCCACUAGGUUCCCUGAUACAUUUCACAAAUCAGAUGACAUGCAUCGAGAGAAGAAAUAAAAAGCGAUAUGUCGAUGAGAUUUAACAUUUUUUGCUUCUUUGGUUUUGAAUCUCUGGAUGCCGUUUCCUUCGUGGUCUAUGUAAAGACAUCUGGAUAGACUGGGGGGAGACAAGGGAAUAAAGCAUUUUAAAUAGAAUUCUUUUUUUUUGUU